GUUCUUGUUCCCCGAAGUUGCAACCUGGAGAGCUUCCUGUUGACAAUCCGUUCUUACCAUUCUUAUCCAUUGCCUUACAAUUCUCGAAACGCUGAACAUUGAACUUCAUCGCUGGGGCAUCAGUUUUCAAUUUUCCAUUUUGCAUUUUGCAUUUUGCAUUUUCCGUUAGCCGGAGCUUAUUACAAAUUCGAUCCAGAGCGAGUCUGGGUCAGUGUCUUAGCUGCAAUUUUUGGCCAGGUAUGCAAUUAAAGGCAAUUACUCGUCGGCUGGAGGAGCCCAGAGAACUUUAUGACAAUUUCCGCCUAGGAUCUUCGUUCUUGGAUCUUGGCCAUUUUAAUGAGGCAUAAUUAGCGUGGCGACGCUGGCCACUUCCAAGAACAGUUAUUGGCCAUUGUUCUGGGUUCUAGAAGGUGGGGAAUGUGUUGGGGAUAUGUCAGGCCCUCUGAUUAGACCGCCCGGCCCCGCUUGGCUGCCUCUGAUUCUGAUUCUGGUUAUAGUUUAUAGUUCUGGCUAGCCCAUAUCCACAUCCACUACCGCCUUUGAUAAUCUUUAUAGCCGUUGUUUUUUGGCCAUAUGCAAAUUGCUCGGAAGGCGGAAGAGUUCACCAAUUGGUUAAUUGUGCGCUCAAUCGGAGCGAGUGCGAUGUGUAAUCACAAUGCAAAACCGCAGAGACAAUGGAACGAAACCUAAUGCGAUCGGAGAGCCAUGGAGCUGUAGUUAUGAUAUGUGGCCGCUGCCAAUGACCAUGUUCAUAGGCAUGUGGUCGAGCUUAAAGGACAAGUUUCUAACGGACUGCACGCAUGGGAACUGUGCAACCAGUUGUGGCAGUUGCAGUCGCACUUGGAGUGUUGCAGUUUGCCAUUGAACCACAUACCCAUAGAGCAAAUCUCAAAAAAAAAAAUGCACCUAAACUGGAAAUUCAUAAGUGGUCUGUGUGGGCCAUCCUGCCCGGCUGGCUGGAAAAAGUGAAAAUGCUUUCGAUUUCAUCGCGUCCAUUUCUUCGGGGGACAUUCAUUUGACAGCGGCCCAGGCGAUCGGAUCGGCGUGGAGACUCCAAUUAAUCGCAGCCAUGAGGAUUACACAACUAUUAUACAUCUCGGGCAUGGUUAUCGCAUCGAUCGAGGCUGUGGAAUAUCUAAUUCGCUUCGAGACGAAAAAGGCCAAGUGCUUGAAUCCACCCAGAACGGCCAGGAAAGUGGAGUCCGUCAUAAGGGAGUGCCAGGAUGAGGUCCGCAACAAGUUGGUUAACGGUGGGCCCUCACAUUAUCCUUUGCCAUAUCAAGUACUCUACGGUUUCGGUUCCCAUAUAGAGGCCUAUGAGAUUCUCAAGGAGCAGGUGGCUCACAAUCAGCCGCCCAUCGAUCCAAACGAUGACUCCAUCGACUUCAUCUGGCCUUCUGCGCCUGCGGGCUCAUCCGUGGACCAUCGGCCCAACAUCAGCCAGUACGAGUAUAUAGUCUACGAUGAACCCGAGCCACAACGCCAUGUGGCCAGAUUGAUGAGGAAUAUCCGACGUCUGGAUGUGGCCAGUUCGGGCAUAUAUCAUCCCACUUUGGUGCCGCUGGAAGACAAACGCAUUGCGGGGUGCCUGCUGCACUGCGUCUAUGCCAAAAAUAACGCCAUCGAUCAGAAGGGCUGGCCCACCUUGGACGGCCUGGUCCACUUCUACUCCGAGGGAGUGCACGAGCACGGAUUCUUCAUGGCCACCUUGCGGUCCGUGAAUCUCUGCCUGCGGUCAAUGACCGCCCGCUACGGAGUUAAUCGCAAGGAGCUGCCCAAGAAAGGUGAAAGCUGCGAUCUGGCGUUCGAUGUCUUCGACUGUAUUUCGGACCAAAUUACCGGCUACUGUCUGGAUCAAUACAGCAGAUAUUAGUUGGUUACUCUGUCUAGUGUGCGUAGCAAUUAAAUGUUUAGUGCAAGUUGAAUUCCAGUUUUUGUGUCAUGCGGGGACCAUUGCUGUGGAAAACAAUGUAGGCGGUCUCCAACAUUGUUCGAAAUUGCUA